UAUCGAAAAAUCCAAAAAAAGUGUUUAAAGGUGUUUUUUAUAAUUAUUAUACUUAUUUAUUUAGUUAUCCAUUUAUUUACCUACAAAUCAAUCUAUUUAGCCAGUUAUAUCUAUCUAUCUAUCUAUCUACAUGUGUCUACUUAUUUAUUUGUCUAUCUAUCUAGAUUAUGUCUCUAUCCAUCCGUCCGUCUAUCAAUACCUAUCUAUCAUUUUGUGUAAAUGAUAAACAUCCACGCUGUAAGAAAACCCUCCAGACAGUUAAUCAAUUCACAUUUUUAUUGAAAUUUAAACUUUUUAAAAUUUGUCCCCAUUUAAAUACCUUAUCGGCGUUUUGGGGAUCACCCCGUCAAUAUCUUUCUCUUACCUGAGAUUUGAUCGACAUAUCUAAAUUUAGCCAUAUGUUCACUAAUAUCUAAGGCUGAAUUUGACGAAUAUAUUCAACGUUUUACUUGAAUCAAUGAAAGAAGAAAAAAUAUGUUAUGAAUUUGUUUAUGGACGUGUUCCUAAUUAAAUCUGUGAAGAAUUGGAUGGGAAGCUUAACGUGGUGGAAUAUAGUUAUGCGGUGAAUUGGACCACGUGGGGAUGAGCAAUGAAAUAUACGACACCCCCCGAUCGCAUUUACCGUUAUGUGUCUGUAAUGUAGGCAUUAAAAUACACCUGUGCUUGACGUAACAAAAAUUGUAUAUACUGUCAGCCGUAAACCAUUGAAAUUGUGUGGAUCCGAUAAAAAAUUCAUCUCGGCUGAGUUCAAAUCAGUGAUGUACAGAAAAACCGGAAGUAGAAGUGAGCCCUACUCCCCUCCAACCCCACCCGGAACUCCUCAUAAAGACCGGAAGCAUUCCUCGCUUGUGGACAAACAGGAAUUACAGAAUAGAUACCAGGGGCAGCUCCUGCCGCCGUACGUACAGAUAAAACGACUGUCUCCAUUAGAGAUCGACACCAGUUAUGGUAACACCACUACCCCGGUGCUUCCCAGGCGCGGAUCAACAGGGGAGGGACAGCAAUAUGAUGUUUCAACCAAUCCGCCUCCAUCCCCUGGAUUCUUCAUUCCUACUGCGAUUGAGCUGACCGAUCAACAAAAGGGUUACAUUAGAGACAUAGUGCAGAGACUCAGUAACGAGAAUGCAACACGACAACCCGCCACAGAAGCCUCUGUUUCUAGUUCACAACCAUUUCCACUACAAGAUCCCUCAAACUUCCGUCUCAAACGUCAGAUAUCUACCGACAGUUCGGACUCCGCCGAUAUAAAAUAUUCCAGCAAAGGUCCCACAAAGCGUCUGAUAACAGGGCCCACACUAAACUCACCAAAAGUCAAAGAAAAGGAAGGCGAGUUUUCUCAGAAAAAGUCAACCGAGUUAGAUCCCCUUAAACUUUGUAGUCCCCCUACAAGUCGGAUCUCACCUAAACCAUAUACAGCCACGUUACAGUGGGUUUUAAACCCGGAAGACCCAAACCCAAAUUGUGUGGAAGAUUUUAUUCCGGCGUCGAAAUUAAUCCAGGAACAACAAAAAAUAGAUAAAGCAAAGCUUUCUUCAAGUGCGAAUAGUACUGAACACAAAAUAAAUGAAAGAACCGCCUCGUUUUCGUCUAAAGAUUUCCAUCAGGAGAUGAUGGGAGGGUUCAGGGGUCGGGGUGGAGAACCAAAUAACACGGCUACCACUACAGCCAAAUCAAGCAAUCAUAUGGUGACGGAAAGAGGAUUUGUAUUUCCUAAAGUUCCUAGUGUAUCUGAACCCAUGCCAUUUAGUCCCAGAAUUGUUGGGUCCCCACCUCAGUUUCAAAACAGAAAUACAAAUAUGGAAAAGAAAGUAUUAGAGUAUAUGAAAUCUGAGAUGGAGAAAGCUCCAAGUCUUGAUGACGUCAGUAGUGAUAGCGUUUUCGGAAGCAGCACGUCCCCACCAGACUAUGCGCAAAACUUCAUGGGAAGUUAUUUAAGACAAAGAGCUCUAAGGAGCUUUAGUGAUAUUGAACACUCGCCAUCUAAAUCUGAGACGGAGGAGAUUCAUGCCAUUCUGCGGGAACUGAAACGAUGUAUUUCAGACCCAACAUUUACCCCACCAAACCAGAAAGCAAUGCUACGAGAAGAGAGACUUGUUCAUGAGAUUUUCCCGAGAAACGAAAUGUCCGAGGAGGAGUCACCGCCAAACGCUUUUGAUCACGUGUCGGACCAGGUUAGAAUCAACACAGAUCUCAGGCGAAUGAAUUCCUACAUGAAAAGUCAGCUGGAGGCGAUGAAAAAACAACACGCAAAGCGACAGCUUUUCUCCCCACAGUCACGUGGAAGUUCCGUCAGUGAAGGAGGAGGUUCCCGGUGUGCCUAUAUGCCUCAGCAACAGGAAAACCCGGAAGAGUUUACUCGAUGGAUAAUAGAGGAACUCCGAACGAUGUCCUCUCGUCAUCAUCCGUUCGAUAGUUCAACGGGCGCCGAGCGAGGUCGAGCUCAAUAUGGAGACAGAGUGGACGGGUGUACGACGACUGCGUGUAAUUCUAUGUUCUGUAAACACAGACAGGAAAAGAGCCCGAUUCAACAGUUCCUUCCGCCUCCGGCGUCACCACGACAACGGCAACCCUCACCGUCAGCCAGAAUGUCGGCAACAGCGCCUUCGCCAUGCCCUUCCGCGGGCCCCAGUCAAAGCACCUCACCAUGGACACCCGUGACGCCAAGAAAACGCAAGAGAGAUCAGGUGGAAAUGCGAAUCACAUGUGAAAGAAUCGCAGAGGAAUCCGAUCACGUGACAGACACACUCCGGUCUCUGGAUCAUGUACCCGGACGGAAUUGUAAAUGUGCGUCCGUCGAACAAGAGAUCUUACAAAUGGCGGUAGACGCUUACGCAAACAUUCGUCGGGCGGACGACAGCACGCUGUCCUUUCAGCGAUUCCAGGCCGAACUGUGUCAGACCAACUACAGAAUUCUAGAUGCGAUGAAAAUUCUUAGCACCAUAAAAGCCAUCUGUAAACACGGCAGAACGAUAGAGGAAAUUUACCCUGGAAGUGUGGUUUUCGUCAUCUCCUGUCCCUCGGUGACGUCAUUAGAUGAAUUAUGGCGGAUGUACGUCACAGGGGAUUUGUUGCAGCUUGUAAAUGACGGGUUUUUGACUGAGGGUGUUAGGAUGAGACACAAUGCUUACGACGUCAAACUAAAGGUGGAAAUCUCCAAGGAACAAUAUCUGAGAUGCAGGAAGAAAUUAGCUGCAAAGUCUGUUUUGGAGUCCUCUUUUUCUAAGAGCGACACAGAGAUUAUGUCCGUAGGCAGCAGCUCAAAAGAAAACGUAUCCUCCCCAUACAGACGAAAAACCAUGAAAAACCUUGCCGUGGUACACAUGCGAAGUAGCUCAGAACCAACACAACAUGUCCACUCGCCGUCCAAUAGUCCGAAUUACGCAUGCUCACCAUUCUCUCCACGUGACAGGAAGUUUUCUUACCCAGUAUCCGGUGAACAGUCUCCUCGUAGGGCUUUUCAAGAAUUACAAUUUCCCCAGUCUCCAACGACGCGUCGAGUUUUCAACUUUGACCUGAAUUUGACCCCGACAUCACCAAAACGGAAAAGCUUCGCAGAUGUGCAACCAUGGGAGAAUGGAAAUGAAAACGAGGCUGAAAAUUUAUCAUCCCCAAAACGUUUUAACUAUGGGAAUAACACGUUCUUCAGAUUCUGACAAAUAUGUUAAAAGAUUUGAUAAUUUAAUUCAAUAUAUCAAAAACGUUAGAUUUCUGUGUACAACGACCACUGUACUUGUGCUCGUGUUGAUGGUUUUCUCCAUUGCUGUAAUUUGAACCGCCCCUCCUUGGUGAUUCUGACUUUAGAUAAAUUGUUGAAGGUUGGAAUCACACAAGCUAGAGAUAUAAGAAUAUGUGUGUUACCCUUAAAACAAUGUAUGACGUGUCAAUAGGAAUAUGUGACCAGCAUAGACAAUUUCUAUAGUAUGUCAUAUUUUAUAGAGUAUAUACACGAGACUGCAGAUAAUGCGACAUGAUUUAAUUUGAAUCUGUGUGGUAUAUUAAGAUUUGUGACGAAGUGAUUUUAUUUUAUAAAAGUGCUUCUACAUUUUGUUAUGUUGGUCUUUGUAAUUGUACAACAUUAUAAAAUGUUAUGUUUUUUUUCAUUUUACAACCAUUAGAUUUUGUUGUACAAUUCAUACAAUUUUGUUGUAUAAUUCAUACAAUUUUGUUCAUACAAUUUUGUUGUACAAUUCAUACAAUUUUGCUGUACAAUUCAUACAAUUUUGUUGUACAAUUCAUACAAUUUUGUUGUACAAUUCAUACAAUUUUGUUUUACAAUUUUGUUGUAUAAUUCAUACAAUUUUGUUGUACAAUUCAUACACUUUUGCUGUACAAUUCAUACACUUUUGUUGUACAAUUCAUACACUUUUGUUGUACAAUUCAUACAAUUUUGUUGUACAAUUCAUAGAAUUUGCUCAAAGCUUCAUCCCUCCCACUAUGUUUUGUAUCGUUUUACAAUUGUGCAGCUUAUCUCUGUCCGUCCGUCAGUGUUCAUCAUUUUGCGAUUUUGCCAUAUUUAUCUAAUUAUCAAUCUAAUUAAUAACGUCUUGUCAUAUACAUGUGUACGUUAUGUCGGCUGUUUACAUUGAUCAAGAAUUGAGUUUUUAGUUCAGAUCCGAACAAAACGAAGAAACGUGUUUUCUUAGUCAUUGUUGCGAGCUGCAGGCAGCUAUGUGUACAAGAAGGCGGAUCCAGAACUUUUAAGCCGGUUGUGAAGUCAUUCGUGGUUAAAUAUUCUAUUUAAAAUAUGAGGUUUCAGGAGUAUAUAUCUGUGAUAUGAAUUCUAAAAGAACAAAUAUUCAGUUACUGGUACGCUCACAUUGGAUCCGCCCCAUGUUGUAUCGGUUAAUAGACCUCGGUGUACUCUGCGUUAGUGUCACUGUGUGUUAACCUAUAUUCAUAUAUUCCCUUGUUUCUUUGUUUAUUGCUUCAUUAUCUCCACUGUGUGUACAUGAACAUGAACUCAUAAUUUACAAAUUUUUACAUACCAAGUUUGAUGUGAAUAUUUAAAAUAAAUUCCAUUUCAAAAUUGA